AUGCCAGUGCGUGCUGUGACCACCAGGUUCAUGUACAAGGGACUUUGCACUAUUCCAGAUGUCCUCUCUUACCGGACCCCUGUUAACCUGCCUGAGGAUGAGGUGGAAGAGAUUCGUGAGGCUUUCAAAGUAUUUGACCGAGAUGGGAACGGCUUUAUCUCAAAGCAGGAGUUGGGGACGGCCAUGCGCUCACUGGGUUACAUGCCCAAUGAGGUGGAGCUGGAGGUUAUCAUCCAAAGACUUGACAUGGAUGGUGAUGGUCAGGUUGGCUUUGAAGAAUUUGUCACGUUGCUUGGACCUAAACUCUCUGCUGCUGGAAUGCCCGACAAGUUCCACGGAGCAGACUUUGAUUCAGUGUUUUGGAAGUGCGACAUGCAGAAACUGACUGUGGAUGAGCUUAAGAGACUGCUUUACGAUACUUUCCGUGACCAUCUCACUAUGAAAGACAUUGAGAACAUCAUCAUAACUGAGGAGAGCCACCUGAACAGCCCGGAGUCCCAUGUGGACAUUGACACAAGUCCCACACAACAGGAAAAACACACGUGUGUGCGUAAAAGCCUGAUUUGUGCCUUCGCCAUUGCAUUCAUCAUCAGUGUCAUGCUCAUAGCAGCAAAUCAAAUGCUCCGCAGGGGGAUGAAGUAAAUAUGUGUUUCCA